UCUUUUGGAAACAGACGAUAAGCACAUAUUGUCAAUAGGUUUGUUGCUAUAUUGCGAUGUAUAUAUAAUGCACAUGCACGGCCUGCAGAUCAUUGGGCUUGCUGGGGAUGGUGCUGCUUGGGGAUCUCAUAUGGGCAGUUGUACUGUGAUGGUUUGGGGCUGUGGUUGCUGUGGUGGCUUUGGGGCUGUGGUUGCUGUGGUGGCUUUGGGGCUGUGGUUGUCACGAGCAGUUUUGCACUCAGGUCUCCAUCAGUGGACAGUGGAUAGGUUCGACAAACCGGACUUCAUGUGAAAACUGUGAUGAAUUUACUGGUUGCGCAAUUGCACUAUUUGUCCAUGUAGUACACAGUUAUAGAAGGGAUUUAUUUAUAAUCACACUGUCACCCAGAUGAGGAUGGGUUUCCUUUUGAGUCUGGUUCCUCUCAAGGUUUCUUCCUCAUGUCAUCUCAGGGAGUUUUUCCUCACCGCCUUCACCUCUGGCUGCUUUGUGACAGUGUCCAUUGUUAAAAGUGCUAUACAAAUAAAAUUGAAUUGAAUUGAGCCUGGCUCGCCUCUGACUAGUUAGUCUGACUAACUCCUUCAGCAUGCAGCUACCCAACCUUUCCCCAUUUUCUUUCCCAAUCUGCUAAAUUCUUUUGCUACUUCCCAGCCACCGGCCAGCUCCCCUCUAUCAUAUGACCUCUCCUCUAUCAUAUGACAGCUAGCUAGUGAAGGCUAAAACAUGCUUCCACCAAGACACGUGAAGCCAAGUGCAUCUGUUCAAACACACACUGAGGAAAGCGCUAUCUGCCCUCUUCCUCAUACAUGAGCUCACAUAUGGCCACAAUGUGCUACUGUCACUGUGAUUGACAGGGGAAAGACAGAGAAUGCCCCUCCCACUCAAAGAUCAAGGACAAUUUUACUCCCAGUCAUGGAUAGCUGUGGCACUGUCAGGAUUUAAACUCGCAAUCUCCUGAUGAUAUUGUCCCUACCCACUGCCCUACCCACUGCCUUUUUGAUUUAAAAGCAAGAUACUUCUGUAAACCUGACCUGCUGGACCAAACGGGAUGGCCAAAUCCAACACCAUGGUAACAUGGCAGCUAUGAGGGGGAAAAAAAUAACACUGUUUAUCUGUUUAUGUAAAAUGUCUUUGCCUUUGGCUUCAUUUUCCAAUCUCCAGAAUGGCUGGCUUGUGUAAAGCUUUUGAGAUAUCCCAUAUGUUCCAAUAUUCUGACUGGAAUGUAUGUUAUAUAGCCGUGGAGAAGAACGUCCACAAAACGGCAUGAAUAUAAACAUGCUACUGACCAGAAGGUUGUUCUGCCAGAGACUCAGUGUUAGGACUUUGAGCAAGCGAACUCUCAGAUUCUCCAAUCUGCUUAGUAAAGUCAGGGCUUACUCUGAAAUUCGUGGAUUGUUGUGCUGUUUUUUUGCGAUUGUUGACUGAGAUUUGUGUGGCUGUGUGCGAGAACAGCAUGUUAGACGGUGGCUCAUUCUGGUUCAGCUUUGUUUUCUUGUGGCUGGAGAUCAAGGCUGAAAAAAGCUUCUGGUAUAAAUAUGAGAAGGGCACACACACACCCACACACCCUCUCCCUGUGGGCCAUAACUCCUGACAUGAAAGCAAGCUUUGACCUUUCUCCGCUAUGAUUCUUUUUUUUAUGAUCCUUCUGAAUUACACAAAAAAAAAAGUUGUGUAGGGAUUGGAAUGAGUGAGCGUGUGAUGGAUUUUGUGUGAAAGAGGUCAUGAUGACUGCUAACGCUUCUAAGCUUGCGAAUUCUUUUAGCGCUUGUUUAUAUCUGUACAAAGAUCGACCCAUAUUCUAAAUAUUUAGACGGCAGUGUAAAGUACAGUUUACAUUUGAUCCAGGUGUGCCGAGAAAAUGGUCCCGCUUAGAAGCAAAAGCGUGGCGCACCUCGACACGCCUUCAAGAUCGUCUCUUUAAAGGCUUCUGUUACUGUUUAUGGGUUUUAUGGUCCUGGAACUUUCCUCUCGUCCGCCUGCCAGGCACAACAGACGAGAGAACAGCCGAGUGACUGAAUAAUCCCAGAUAAACGCCGCGACGCUUAAACAGCACAGAGUGUAAAGUCACACCGGGGGAGUUGAGCAGCUGUUUAAUCAGUCAGCAGCUCACUUCAGCUCAGUACUCAGCUCCACUCAAAACAUUUCUGAUUCGACAAAUACUUUCUAGGUUGCUGCUCACUUGUUUACGGCCCGUUUCUUGUUAUAAGCGGUGUAAGCGGCUGCUUAGGGCCCCAGUCCAGCAGGGGGCUCCAUGAUUUUUCAAAACACAAUGAGACACAAUGAGACAUUAUGUUUUUGGGUUGUCUGUCCAUCCAUCUGUUCGUCUGUCUGAGAUUCUCAUAAGUGCGAUAUCUUAAGAGCGAGUGGUAGAACGUUUGUAGGAUUUAUAUGGAAUUAUCGCUGUAAGCAACAGAUGAACUGGUUAGAUUUUGGACUUGAUCCAAACAGGGUCAAUGUCACAGCAAGGUCAAAUGAUGUUAGCGGUGAACGCAUCCCGUCGACGACGAGACGUCGAGUUCUACUUUUUAAAAUAGAUAUGCAAAUACACACUUUACAAUCAUUUGGCAGAAAGGUUUAUGUAUCAGGCGGUUGCAGGACGCCCCUUUAGAUUAUUAUUAUUAAUGCUACUUAAUUGGAUUUAAUUGAUUUCUCCACUUUCUUGCUUCCAAUUUUUAUGUCACUGAAAUGGACAAAGUUAGUGGCUAAUAAAUAGCUAGCUAGUUCGCAUGUAACAGCAUCGCAUGGACUUUAACGAUAAUCACUGCUCAGGUGGUCGAAACGUUAAUCAACUACAGCUCAUUUCAGAACUGUAGCAACUCAGUCGAUCACAAGCUUCACUGAAGUUUCCUCACUGAAGUUCAAACCUUUCACCAUGCUAAGUAGCCUGGUGGUCUGAUGGUUAUUUUUCAGGUGCUGUAAGGAAAAAUAUUGAGGCGUCAUUAGCGUUAGAACCAAACAAAUGUAAUGCACAUAUGUUUUUAAGCCAAAUUCAACCGGACUAUAUAUAUAAUAAUAAUAAUAAUAGCUCAUUUCACCCAGUCAAAGAUAAACCGCUAGUGAGUGUUUUAGCACUACAACAUGCAGAUUGUUUGUUUGAAAUGUCAAGAACCGGCCCUGUCACAGUCUGUAGCUUUUCGUAAAUUUCUGAAUUUGGCUCCAGACGAAUGACGUCUAAUGGUCACAAGUUUGUUGUUUUAAAAUGACACAAUGUCCAUGUAAAGAUUUGUAAGACGAUGGAGGCUUGAGCAACACCGUCACUAUCAAAGGCUUUACCUUUCUGCUAAUGAACAAUCGAGCUCCAUGCGGUGAUCAAAGCCAUGUGUAUGUUUUGAUAGGAGUUCACCGUAUAAUCUGUUUGCGUUCCUGUCGCAGGAACAAAGCUCGAACGGAAUCAGUGCUUUGCUUUCGAUAUGACUGAAAGGCCGCUUUCUGAUAUAUUGUGAUAUCUUGUUGCAAACCUUUUGUAGUGGUUGUAAGCUGACUGAUAUGUAUAGCUCAGUCGAUGUUUAAGUUUUGUAACAAAUUUUCCAAUUGUAUUUUCUAAAUGUUCCUAUUUUGCUGGAAGUUUUUUUAAAACGUACUGUGUAUCGUAGGAAUGAGAAUGGUGAUGUGAUAUUUUGUCAUAUCGCUCCACCUCUGGUUGAUAUGCAAACACAGUGGACGAGUCAUAAAUGAGUAUUUUGUGGCAGUGGUGUAAAUCAUUUUAGAGAUCCUCUUUCAGGUGGUUUUUUGACACGCCUCUGUUCUUCGUCUCUUCGUCAGUCAUGGAGAGAAUAAAGGACAUAAAGCACAACAAAGCGCCCUGCGGUCUGUAGCACAGCCUGCGCUGGCUCUUUAUGAUCUCACUUCACUGAAGAUUGAUUCCUGACACAGAGGCAUGUUGUGCUUUUUAGUCAGAGAGUAAUAAAGUUAGCAGUGUGAGCUUUAUGCGUGCCGACCUGCUGCGUUCCGCUCGCGCCGUAUUUCACAGAGGAGGAGGAGGAGGAGAGUAAGAGGAGGACCGGAUAAUGAACCAGAGCGGUCUUCAUGCUCGAGGCAGAGACAUGUUCGGUCUGUGCUGUUUACCAGGGGAGUGUGUCCUCCAGAGAGCCGUUCUGGUGAGGAAGAAGCUCUCACCUAAAGAAGGAGGAGGCUGGCUGUCAGGAACGCUGUUCUGCACCCAUUUCCGGGUGGCCUUUGUGCCUCAGGACAGCCCGAGACCAGACGACAAUGCCGAUCCUGUGCUCCUUGGAGACCAUGACGUCGCUUUGGCCUCCAUUGAGAAGGUUGUUGCCGUGGGACCAUCCCGGACUAAACUGGUAACCUCUAACUCCUCUCUGAAGUUCACUCCUGAGGAGCUGGUGCUGUACUGCAGAGACCUGCGCGUCCUCUGCUUCCUGUUUGACAGACUCACUCCUGACACUCAGGCUGUGGAGAUUACGUACACCAUCGCCAAGACAUACCAGCCGCUGAAACCCAGCACCAUCCUGUCCUUCCAGAACGCAGCUUUGGGAAGUAUCGAAAUGAAACAGUUCCUGAGCAACCGGAGGCGUGACCCGAGCAUGAACUGGUACGAGAGCGCAGCGGACUGGGAGCAGGAGCUGGAGAGGACCGGAGCCACCGGCUGGAGGGUCAGCGCCGUCAACGACCGCUUCGAAAUGUCCACCAGCCUGUCCAGGUUUAACGUGGUUCCUCAGAAGGUCCUCGACACGGAGCUGAAGAAAACAUUCGCCCAUUUUAACGACGGUCGCAUCCCACGCUGGUGUUGGCGGCAUCCGCGCGGCAGUGACCUGCUGCGCAUGGCCAGCUUUCAGAACAACAUCUAUCACGAGAAGGACGAUAUCCGGAACCUGGAGCUGAUCCUGUUCGGUGGCCAGACGCAGUGUGUGGUUAUGGAUCUCGGGGAUGAAAUGCCUUCGCCAGCGGAUGUGCAGCUCGCACACACACGACUGCGCUCCCUGUGCCUCGGAGAUAUUUCUUCCUCCAUGUCUGUGCCGGAUGAUAAGUGGCUUUCCACUCUGGAGGGAACUCACUGGCUGGAUUACACCAGGUGCUGUCUAAGAAAAGCUGCAGAAGUGUCCUGCUUGCUCCAAAAAGGGCAAUUAACCGUCGUUCUACAAGAGCCAGAGGACCGGGACAUGAACUGCGUGGUGUCCAGUCUGGUGCAGGUGAUGUGUGACCCGCACUGCCGCACCAUCGCUGGCUUUCAGAGCCUCGUGCAGAAGGAGUGGGUGAUGGCGGGGCACCGGUUCCUCAGCCGCAUCAACUACCACCGAGACACCGACAAAGAGGAGGCUCCAAUCUUCCUGCUCUUCCUGGACUGUGUGUGGCAGCUGUGGGCUCAGUUUCCAGCCCGUUUCCAGCUGACUGAAGCCUACCUGCUGGCCCUGCAUGACAGCGUGCAGCUGCCACUGUUCAGCACCUUCCUGGCCAACUGUCAGAGAGAGCGAUGUCGCCGAUCACAGCAUUUGUCGCCGAGCUACACUCCAGUAAACGGGCUGAGAGAGUUACCCAGAGGCUCGGCCGAGGAGCCGGUGGACCCUCCGUACCCCCCCGUGUGGGACUGGGCCCUGCAGUACAGCAGUCAGAGACGGGCCCUGUUCACCCAGCCCGUGUGCCGACCCGUUUCCCCUGCACCUGUCCUCAACGGCAACCUCAACACCAACCUGGAGCCUGAGUGGAGUGACAGCGCCGUAGGAUCAGUGUUCUUGCUCUCGCGUGGUGUCUUUUCCUGUCCUUCCAACCUGCUGCCGUGGAGAAGUGGAGGAGGUUCGGGUUCCUACAAAAAGAGCCACAACAGGGCUCCAUCUUGUGAGGGCCUGCCUGCUCUCGAGCGCCUGAUCAGAGCCGAACCACUACCCUCCAGCCUUCACGAACCCCACGGGCCUCUGCUGCCCCUGCUCCUGGGGCCCUGCGUGCACAUCUGGAGGAACUGCUACCUGAGAGGGGCACUGCAUGCGCAGGCUUUCACGUACCCGAUGUCGUCUAACACGAGGCACCCGGUGGAACAGCUGGCAUGGGAGGUGGAGAACCUGCGAGAACGUUUGGCCCAGGCCUCCACGGGCCGUCCUCAAAACCGCAAGAGACAGGAACACCGCCGCCUCGGCUCCAAUCUCAACCAGAACACCAACAACGGCACAUUCCUCUUUUCCUCUUCCUCCUCUUCUUCCUCUUCUUCUUCCUCUUCCUCUUCCUCCUCCUCUUCCUCCUCAUCAUCCAGGAGCUCUCAUCAGGAGAGUCCGAGCCGCAUUUCAGGACGUUCUGGCUACAGCGACGGACCCAAACACACGUUCCUGUUUGGUCGCCCCACCUCGAGUUCUAGUGCCAAACUGCCCAAGAGUAGCAGCUCACUGGGGCACAAGCCUCGCUGAGCUUUAGGUAGGAGAAUUAAACCAUGCACAUGGGAUUAAAUCUUCUCACAGGACCAAGUGUUAGAAAUAUUCGCUCUGUUUCACUGAAUACAAAGCACUUUCCAUAAUCAGCACACAUCUCAGCCAUGUGGUAAAAUCUCGGUACUCCGAUUAGGGAAAAAGCACAGCAUUCCUUUAUCCUGAGUAUUUAAUACAAAGUUACUUAUAUGUGUAUAUAGUACUUAAUAGUAUAUACUACUAGUAGAGUAUAGUAGUGUGUAAUAUACAGUGCUUUGCAAAAGUAUUCAACCCCUUUGGACUUUCCCACAUUGUUUUUUGUGUUAGAACAUGAAACUGAAAUGGACUCAUGCAUCCCCACUGUGACGCAUGGUGGUGGUAGCAUAAUAUUUGGCCUAACCCUUGGCCUCUUGGUUGUGCCUCUGACCAAUCCCCUCUUACUUUUGGUGGACAGCCUCCUUUAGGCAGAGUCGUGGUUGUGCCAUAUUCUUUUCUUUUUUUUUUUUUUUGAAAUAAUAGAUUUAAUGAUGUUCAAAGUUUGGGAUAUUUUUAAAACCCUGAUUCAUACUUUUCCAGAAAUGUCUCCCAGAUUGCUUUUUAGUCUUCAUGAUGCUGCUAGUUUAGGUAUAUACUCUAUCAAGCUCUGGGUUCUUCCAGCACAGGUGUAUUUAUAUUCAGAUCACAAUUGCACAUUUCACAGGUUAACUAAUUAAUUAUAUGACUAUUGAUAGCAACUAAUGUAGCGGUUUUAGAUCAACGCAAUCACAACUUCUAAGUUUUUAUCUGUAAAUAAUUAUAUUGAUAUUUCUCCCAACUUGUUACAGACCAUUAAGUAUAUUUCAGUUCCAGGAUAAGUUAAAGGGGGUGAAAAUUUAUGCAGGGUGCUGUAAUAGUGAUAUUGUAGGUGACUGUAGACGUAUUACAUUUCAAGCACAUUCUCACUCUUUAAUGCACAAUAGGAUGUAAAACGGUCCAAAAAAGAUACAUACGGCAGAAUUUAAUCAUAAUUCCUCAUAACAGGAGCAUGUGAAUUGCGUUAACUGUGUUAUUUUGUUAAUUGUGUUAUUGUGUAAUCCCCCCCCAAUAAUUGUCCAGUUCAUGCCAAAUACCUGCUUCCACUCCUCAAAAAAUGGAUAAAAGAAAAUGGGGAUUUUGAGGAUUAAUGUUCUUUUCAUCUCCACUAGAUGGCGUGUGGUGUGUGGUGUGUGGUGUGUAUGCAACUCAAUGGUCCAUUAGGACUUAACCUAAAUAACAUUAACAGGUGGGAGGAGGAGGAGAAGGUGUGUGUAUAUACACGAGUUACAAUACAAGGUGUGUGUGUGUAAUAUAUAUACACAUAUAAUGUAGCACUAUGAUACUUUAGGUCCGGUGUUAACGAAGAAGGAAGACACAAAUUUUGCAGCAAGUAAAUUAUUUAUAACAUUCCCAUCUCUGAGUUAUUGGUGACUAUUUAAGCCAUGUUGUGUGACCAGUUAUGGUUUAAUGAGAACGAGUCCUAUGAUCAUGCCACAGCUAUGAGAUGGUGUGUAUGGACUGUACGAUCAGAGACAGAACUUUCAUGCUAAUAUUUAAUUACUUGUUUAUAUUGUCAUUUUUUUUAUUUGUACGUACGUACUGCACAAAACUUUGGUACUUCUUCCACUGCUUCUUUCAGUGUCUGUAUGUGACUUUUCACCAGACUUACAAAGACCUCCAUAUAUAUAUGUACAGAGGAUUCCAAAAGUCUGAGAGCAAACUGAAAACAAGAAAUAAACAAAGAAGAGAGGAAAUGUUCAAUGUCUUAGAUAUUCAGUAUUCUAGACUUUGCACUAUUUCUAGGUCACUAGUUAAGUUUUAUGAUCUCGAUCAUGUUAACUUCUUUGUAUAAAUGGUCAGAUUUUGGUCAGAUUUUCUUCAAGCCUCUUCCAUCGAGGAUGGAUUUGAUCUAACACGGCUCCACAGUUCACACCAUCUCAAGACGUUAAAGCAAAAAGGGGCGAAACAAAUACCAAGAAAUUCUGAAAUUCAUGUAAAUAUGUCUAAGGUUCUAAUUAUAAUGUAGUUUGAAAUUGAAAAAUGUUUUAUUAAAUUAGAAAAGAAUGCACAAUUGAAGUAUUUUCACUAGCACUCUCAGACUUUUGGACCACACUGUAUAUUUAAAAAAAAAAAAACAUUUGUAUUGAUGAUGAUGAUGAUGAUAUGGUUGUCUAAAA